AACACCAAGGCUAUAAAAAGCGGGCUCCGCGUGCGCUUUCCGGGAAGGUGAGGGGCUGCUUCAGCGCUUGGGGUUAUCGGUUCCUGAAGUAGAGUGGAUGGCAAGCUGCGACUAGAGCUGAUGGAUGUUGUUGUGUUGGGUACCAGGAGGGUUGAAUGAAGGGGAUGCCUCCAAAUUCCAGUUCUGCGUUAGAAGCCCCGAUAUUCUGUUCUUUCGCCUCCAUUGGCGGGAAGUUGCUGUGAGAAAAGGUAGUGUUGCUAUUGCUUGUGAAAUGGAAGCCUUUGCUGAAUAUUCCUCAGUACGCUUUAAACAACGUGCCGUGAUUGAAUUUUUGACUGCUGAAGGAGUUCCUCCAAUUGAAGUUCACCGCCAAAUGCUUCCUGUUUAUGGUGAUGAUUGUGUGGAUGUAAGUACUGUGCGUCGCUGGGCCAAAAAAUGUAAAGGUGGUAAACCAGGAAGAACUGAUUUAUGUGAUCAAGAACGCAGUGGAAGACCAGUGACUGCCACCGAUCAGUUUCAUGUGAAAAGGGUUGAUGAACUGAUCAAGGACAAUCAGCAGAUCACUCAAAGAGAAAUUGCUGCCAAGCUUGGCAUUUCACAGGAACGUGUGGGACACAUUAUUGAUACUCUUCAGUAUCGGAAGGUUUGUGCAAGAUGGGUUCCUCGCAUGCUGACGCCAGAGAUGUAUGCAGCAUAUACAGAUGAUGCUGCAGAGGAAGAUAUACUUUGAAGACUUAUAUGCUGCAAGAUCUUAACUUUCUAUGUACCACUGGGAGAAGGUGUGUUCUCUUCCACACAGCUAUUGGCAGAGACUCAACAUUUAGAGAGCCUUGAUGUGGCAGUGGUUAAGAGUACAGUACUGCAACUUCUGCUGCAUGGCAGCUGCCUGCAGUUUGGCAGUUCAAAUCUCACCAGGCUCAAGAUCAACUCAGCCUUCCGAGGUCGAUAAAAUUG